AUGACCCAAAUUUCUGAUUCUCUGGGUCUCCUGACUCCUCGACUUGCACUGGUGGCCUCCCUUCGCAUGGAGACACCUCCUUCAUCUGGUGGAUCGACGUGGAUCUUUGAUGCAGUUGAGAUUGACAACUACCCCUCCCCCACUGUAGAUCCUAUCGUGCAAGUCCACAAGCGGCACAAGAUGGCACCUCACGCAGAUGACUCGCAGCAGACUGUCACCCGUCAACAGCGGGCGUGGUGGAAGGAAGACUCGGUCUACCAGAUCUAUCCCGCAUCCUUCAAGGACUCGACCGGAUCUGGCACGGGCGACCUCAAGGGCAUUAUCUCCAAGGUCGACUAUUUGAAGACUCUGGGUGUCGACAUUGUCUGGCUGUCUCCCAUCUUCGAGAGUCCCCAAGUGGACAUGGGCUAUGACUGCAGUGACUAUCGAAAGAUCGACCCGAUAUAUGGCUCCAUUGAGGACGUCGACGUCCUCAAGGACGAGCUGCAUAAGCGCAGCAUGAAGCUCGUGCUGGACCUCGUGGUGAACCACACGAGCGAUCAGCACGAGUGGUUCAAGAAGUCGCGGAGCUCCAAGGACAACGAGUACCGGGACUGGUACAUCUGGAGGAAGCCCAGGUUCGACGCCAACGGCAACCGACAGCCGCCGAACAACUGGACCGCUCACUUCCAGGGAAGCGCCUGGGAGUUUGACGAGGCGACAGGGGAGUACUAUCUGCACCUGUUCUGCAAGGAGCAACCCGAUCUGAACUGGGAGAACCCGGCAGUCCGCCGCGCCGUCCAUGACAUCAUGCGAUUCUGGCUCGGCCGUGGCAUCGAUGGCUUUCGCAUGGAUGUGAUUAACUUUAUCAGCAAGGACCAGAGCUACCCAGAUUCCAACUCAGCAGUACACGCUGGAGCUGAGUUCUACGCAGCUGGUCCCAGACUUCACGAGUAUUUGAAGGAGCUCGGCGCGAUCCUCAAGGAAUAUGACGCCUUCAGCGUCGGCGAGAUGCCCUGCGUGCACGACACCAAGGAGAUCAUCAAGAGUGUAAGGAGUGACCGUGGGGAGCUGAGCAUGAUCUUCCAUUUUGAGCUUAUGGACCUCGACCACGGCCCAGAGGGCAAGUUCUCGCCUAGAGAAUGGAAGUUGUCUGAGCUAAAGAGCACUGUCAACAAGUGGCAGCAGUUCAUGUACAAAAAUGAUGGCUGGAACGCUCUGUACCUCGAGAACCACGACCAGCCGCGCUCCGUGAGCCGCUUCGGUAACGACAGUCCGGCACACCGUGUGCAAAGCGCGAAGGCCCUGGCCGUCUUCCUCGGCUUCCAGGCCGGUACUCCUUUCGUGUACCAGGGCCAGGAGCUCGGCAUGCACAACGUGCCAGCCGAAUGGCCUAUGGAGGAGUACAAGGAUGUGGACUGUCUCAGCCACUGGAACCUACACAAGGACACCCCGGGCCCAGAGAAGCUCGCUGCGCUCAAGCGCGAAUACCAAAAGAAGUCGCGGGACAACGCUCGUACGCCCAUGCAGUGGGACGCGUCACCGCACGCAGGGUUCACUACCCCAGAGGCUGAGCCCUGGAUGGCGGUACACCCCAACCAUGUUGAGAUCAACGCAGAGAGGCAGGUGGCCGACCAGAGCUCGGUGUUCCACUGCUGGCAGAGCGUGCUCGCAGCGCGCAAGCUACACAAGGACAUCCUUGUCUACGGCGACUUUGAGCUUGUGGAUAAGGCGAACGAUAAGAUCUUUGCCUACUCGCGGCGGGCCGAGGAUGGCAGGGUUGCUGUGGUCGCGUGCAACUUCUCCGCCGAGGAGGUUGAGUGGACCGGACUGCCGGGCAAGGCUCAAGAGGUCUUGAUUUCGACUACUGGUCGGCCCCGGGAGGAUUUCCAGUCGGGAUCAGUGAAACUUGAGCCUUAUGAGGCUGUUGCUCUGGCUUUAUAG